AUGGAGCAUCUUGAUGUGAUGCGUGAAAAUCCAGCACCCAGCUAUGGAUCCUGUGAUCACCCAUAUUCGGCACGAAGAGAACCCCAUCGCGUAGCAAUAUCGCACGCUUCGUAUCCGAGAUCCUCAAGUCUGGCUCGAAGGAUUCCAAGCAAGACGAUACUCGAGCAGCCGUCUCAGCACCCGCUGGAGGCAAUGAAACCAUCUUUAUUCAAAAAUCAAAGGGUUAAGGCGAAGGAUCCUAGAAGUGGUGGCGCAAGAAGCAAGAGAACUCGAGAACUCAUUGUCACUCCUUUUGAAUUGUAA